AUGGAGAUUCAACCUGAUACAUCCCAACCAGAAGUCAAGCAGAUUGGAGAUCAUGACUCAGGUGACUAUCUCAAUCAAUUUCAUGGCUUUUGGUUGACCCCCAUCAACCUCCAAGCAACCGAAGAACUGCUUGAACAAUUCAAACCAAUUUCUAACGAUGUCAUCUUAGCCUCUUUCCCUAAGACCGGCACCACAUGGCUCAAAUCUCUCCUCUAUGCCAUUGUCAACCGCUCCUCAAUCGAUCAAUUGACGAGAAACCACCCCCACGUACUUGUGCCACAACUUGAGCUACAAGUUUACGGACCACGCGCGAUUUCUCCUCCUCCUUUUCCCGCUCCUGACACUUCGCCAUUUAACAGGAUAUUCAGCACCCAUCUUCCAUACCAAAUCAUCGGCGAAACAAUCGACUCUUCAGAUUGUCGUGUCGUUUACAUUGGGAGAAAUCCGAAGGACACUCUUGUGUCCGUUUGGCAUUUUGUCAAUUCAAUGGAAAAGUUCAAAACAACCCAAUGGCCGUUAGAGAAAGCUGUGGACAGCUUUUGUAAAGGGUACGUUUCUUUUGGACCUUAUUAUGACCACGUGUUGGGGUACCAAAAACAGAGCGUGGAGAGACCUAAGAAAUUCUUUUUUACUACUUAUGCGGAACUUAAGAGUGAUCCAAAGACUCACGUCAAGAAAUUGGCCGAGUUCUUGGGGUGUCCCUUUGACAACCAAGAGCAAGUGGAGGAGGUGGUGAGGAGUUGUAGUAUCGAGACUUUGAGAAAUCAUGACGUGAACAAGUCAAGCGAUAUCUUCUAUUACUUUCCAUAUAAUUCCUACUUCCGAAAAGGGCAAGUUGGGGAUCACAAAAAUUACCUAACCAAUGACAUGAUUGACCGCAUCGAUACAAUUACUAACGAGAAAUUUCAAGGGUGGAUCUUCAAGCACGAGGCAGAUUCAUUUUGA